CGAUGAAGGCAUUGAAUCUGAUUUUUGUUUUGUUCAUAUUCAUUCCAUCAAUGAUAAAUGGACAAAUGUGGGGUGAUUUAAAAUAUUCUAUAAGAAGAAAGGCAGAAAAUGAUGAUGAUAAUAAUAAUCUUAUAAAAAACAUGUCAUACUAUUGGAAUAAGACAAAUUCGUUAUUAGAAGAUGUUUCUACUGAUGAGUGGUCUAGCUUACAUGGUACUUUUCCAAAUACAAUGAGUAAUUUUCAGCGAACAAUUGACAAUUCUGAUAAUAAAACAAAUAAUGAAAUUUGUCUUCAAAAUUCAAAGAAACAAAUCAUCUCUGCAAUUCUUUUAUUAACAAGAAACAAUUACCAAUGUUUGAAUAAUCAAUUACAAAAUUAUUACGAAUUUAUAAAAUCUGAAAUUUUAUUAAAUCAUAACGUGGUAUUAAAUUAUCCAAGCUGUUCUAAAAAAGAUGAGACACCACUAAAAAUACUAAAUUGUAUUGACAAUGAAAUAUCAAAAAAAAAUAAGCAAAAUUCUGAUAAAAUUUAUCAGGAUUUAUUAAAAACAAUGAAUAAAAAAAAUACAACAAUUAUCAAACAAUUAAAUGAUUGUAUCAACAAUAAUGUAACAAAACAUUUAGAUAAAAUUGUGUCAAAUACAACAAAUAAUUUUUACAGCUGCAUAAAAAAUUCAGAAAAAAAAUUGAAUACAGAAACAAAGUCAAACAGUAAAUUACCAACAAGCCAAUUAUCCAAUAACGAGCAUAAAAAAUUGUCAUCAUUGUAUAAUUAUCAGAUAAAAAUAAUGGAAGAAAAUAUUUUAGAACGAAAGAAUCUCUUUAGAUUAUUUGAGGUGAAUGCUCGAUCUUAUCAAAGUGAUAUUGUUUGGAGCAUUGAAGAUGCAAGUAAUAAAUCAGUCAGAUGUUGUUUAGGUAUACCACGAGCAGCUAUUGGCAGAGCUAGUAUAAUUGCAAAUGAUAGAAGCGAUGAAUGUUUUACAUCUGUAUUAUCAAAGUAUAAUCAAUCUAUCAUCACUCAAAUCAAGUCGAUACAGCUAAAAUAUAAUAAUGUUUUCAAGCAUUGUUUCCAAAUGAAUCGAUCAACAGAAUCAACACUGAACUGCAUUGAUGAUAUUGCUUCAAAUGAUAAAUCCAAUAAUGCAAAAUCUUUUAAUGAAAUUUCGAUUUAUUUAAAAGAUCAAAUCAACCAUAUGACGAAUGAAUUGGCCAAUUGUUUUAGAAAAGUAUCAAGUGAUCUCAGGUCAUCUAUUUCAUUGGCGCAAAUUAAUUUUGACGAAUGUAUUAUCAGCAAUAAUGAUAAAACUUGUCGUGUUAUUACAGACAAUAUUUAAAUAUCUCUUGAUUGUUUUAUAAAACAAACAGUA